AUGAGCAGAUGCCAGCUUCAAACUGGCGGAUACUGGAUGGCGCAUGCAGUACGCAGUCCUCCAGACUGUGCGGUGCAUUUGCCGGGCCUGCGCGACAUGCAUUCAGACGAAUGCUCGCUCCAUGCGUACAUUGGAAACGGACCUCCAGCGCAAGCCAUUCCGAGAAAGGAUGGCAAACUGGAAACGGACUUCCCACAUGUGACCCAGCAGUCAGUGGUCAUGGAUGUCGACGCCGUCCAGGACUCCAAGCCGCUAGAUGUGACUGAAGUGCCGGACGUGGAGAUUGCAGAUGAGAUAAGACAUGUAAAGCUGCCGGUCGGCUGGGAAGGCCUUUCUCUAAAGCUACAUGCUGGCAAGCUUCUCGUCUCUGAGGUCCCGAAGGCGUGUUUCUCGUCUAAGUCCUUCGAGAGCGGGGCAAAACCCCAGGUCGAAGGCGUGUUCGAAGGUGACGAGAUCAUCUCCAUGAAUGGCGAACCCCCUUCCAGGGUGGAGGAGCGAAUCCUAUCAAAAGGCGAUUCAUGGAACGCGUGUUCUGCGGCCACUCCUCCUCAUUCAGUCGGCUCGAAGGGAAAGUUUGACUCCCCACCUUGUGUGGCAUGCGACUUCCAACGUAGGCGCCAAGCACUGGGCCUGGAUGUGGCUUUGCAGAUGUGGCUUCGGGCUGUGAAGCGGGAGAUUCGCUUCACGCUUGCGGUGAAAAGCACUGGAAUUGAGUUGCCUCGAAAUGCUUCCAAUUCUGCCACAUCCCUGUCGCCAGCGGCAGGAAACGGAGACAAAGCUUCUUCCGUUGUGGAACUGAAGGGUAGCUCGACUGGCGGAACUCUAAGGAAGAUGAAAAGCUUGGACGAGUUGACGAAGGAGAGACAGCCUGUUCAGAAGGACUUUCUCAAGAAGGGAAAAGGCAAGGGCAAGGUGAAAGGCAAGGGCAAAGGGAAGACAAAGAAACCCAGUGGUCCGCAUCUUCCACGCACACGAGUGUCCAAAGAACCUCUGAGAGGCGAGGUACUGGAGUGGAAAUCCAAAUUUGGAUGGAUCAAGGCAUCCAGCGACAUUGACCACCCAAUGGCGGAGAAGCGCCAAGGGAAAAUCUACAUAAACGUGAUAGACCUGAUCACGCGCAAGUCUUUGGCGCCCGGUGAGGUGUGCGAGUUUCACCUUUACUCAGACGCAAGCGGGCUUGGUGCAGAAGAGUGCUGGGUGGUUGGUGAUGAGGAUUGGAGUGAAUGGACAGCAGAAGGGGAAGCUAUGGAAGGUUCCGACGACUGGGAAUGGACUGACGACGACUGGAACCGUUGGCAAAGCAGCGAUGGGAGCUCAGAGGUCCAAGCGCAGGAUGUUUAA